AUGUCUGCGCAGUCGAUCGCCGAGACGCAGCCAGAUGACACCUUGUUUCCUUGCAUUAAGUGCGGCCUGGAUUGUAGCGCAAAGGAUAGCGCUGUUCUCAGAGGCGCAAAUUGGCAAUGCAAGUCCUGCACCAAUGUGUACCAGAUCCUUUACCGUCACAUGGGCGGAUUACCGGAAUCCUGGAACAAUAUGACACCAGAGUCGCAGGUGCAAUUCUUCAAGCAUGCUGGAAGUGCCAUCAAGUGCGCGCCCAAAAAUGGACGGUGGAGCCACGUUAGAAGUUCCCUGGUCUCACAGAUGACCCACUUCCAUACGGAGCAAAGAAGGAUCAGGUGCAAUCGUGAGUUUCUCCCUCUGUCAGUGUGGGCAACAAGGGGCUUCGACACGAAGCGAAUUGAAGCCAACGGGGAGAUGCGCGAGGACAAGGUCUUUGGUGAAGUCUGGACAGCACCACUGUCCACGAUCUCCGAUGAUGACAUUCGUGGUACCGUGGAGAAAGAGAUCUUGGAGAAGGAGAACCGCUUGAAGGAGAAGAAGAAGGUCAAAGGCAAGAAGCCGGCAGAUUCUGCUUCACCCCCAGCAGAUGGUCCAGGCAGCUCUGCCUUCGCGAUCGACGACGAUGUUUGGAGCAUUCCAUCCGAGGAUGAAGGCCCCAUGGUGAUUGGAGAAGGGAAGCCGCAGAAGGCUACAAAAACGAAGAAAGAGGACGACGCCGCGGUGGCUGCCCGAAGGGCUGCACGAGAGCGGGACCAAAAGUGGAAGCAAGAGGUUGGCAAGGCUACCAGGUACAUCAACAGCCUCAACUCCGUUUGCCAUUCUUUGGCGACCGUCUCCGCCAAAGUUGAGAAGAAUCCCGAGUUGAUUCCUGACAAGCUGACUGAUGGCCUGAAGCAGGCUGUUACGCAGAUGAAUUACUUCAAGCAGCGUGCCACCCAGCUCAUCAGCGCCUCUGAUGGGACUAAAAGUUCCAGCUUGCCUGAAGGCUUUGAUGCUGACUCCUGUUGCAAUGACCAGCUCAAAGCCGCCCAAGCAGUUUUGAAAGAUUGCCGGGCGAUUUUCACAGAGAAGUCUCGCGAAGCCAGGGAGGCCAAGGCGGCAGCACCGAAAGCUGCACCGGCGGCAAAGCGUAGCGCCAAGCCCAAGGCCACAGAUGAGGCGCGUGACCAAGUUGCGCGUGGCCUGUCGGUUCGAGGAGCCUCCGAAAGAGCUGUGAACCAGCUUUGGAACCUCUGGCAUGCUGAGGACGAACAAAUUGCAAGGGGAAGUUUCCAAAGAAUCGUGGACAAGGAGCUGCAACCAUGGAAAGAGGCUACCAUCAACGUGGCAUUUCCUACCUAUGAAGGUGGGCAGGUGGUGCUACCCAUUGUGGAUUUGAAACCAACCUUGCAGAGAAUGGCACAUGAGUCGCCGGCAUUCACAAAGGCUUUAGCAAGGGCGCUGCUUGGAACUGGCGUUUUGACGCCCAUUUUUUAUUGCGAUGAGUGCCAGGUCGGUGUUUUCGCUCAAGGGGAGCGCAGGUCUCAGACCUUGCGUCCUUUGCUCCAACGUCGUGAAGGAGCCGUAGCUUCUGAUCAGUGGAUGGGUCUGAAGGCCAGUGGCAAAACACAAAACUAUGUGAAAAAUUUGCUCAAUGCCAAGAUGUUCAGUGACGACAACUUUAAAGGCGAGGCCCACCAGACAGCAGCGUUGGUACCAUUGGUCCGGUACUACAUGGAAACUCUCAUAGAGCCAGCGAGCCGUGUGCCACCCGCUUGUGUCGAAUCCUUUCGGUGUCUGUGCAACAUCGUAUCCUUCAUUCGAGAAAUAUCUCAUGGCCUCUACCCCCUGGACGAAGCAUCCAUGCAGCAUUUUGCUGCCCUACAGCAAAAGCACCAAACGCUGUUUGCAGCGGCAUAUGGUGAGCAGCACAAGCCCAAGCACCAUCACCGAAUGCAUAUCCCCACACAAUGGUUGGCUGCUGGUGUGCCGGUGAACUGCGAACCACUGGAGUCGAAGCAUCGGUUGUACAAAUCUGGGGUUGCUGACAGGCAAGUGGGGCAAGUCAGAGACCACGAAAGUUUUUCCGCAUCUGUGCUUUGCCGGCUGCUGCAAACAAGUCUAGACAUUGUCAAGAAGCAUGGGCUGCCUUUUUGGGAACUGCUUCCGCCCAUCAAAGAAGCUAGCUUGGAUGACAAAAUCUUUCUCGCGACUACCAGUCUCCAGACAAGCCAACGCGACAUCUUGUGUUGGCAGCACGAAGCUGGCAUCGUCUCUGAGUGGUUCUCACAGCCGGACCAUGGCCUUUUUCUGCGCUACACCAAGUUGGCAUUCAUUGCUGCCGAAGUUGACGCUUGGCCACCUGAAAAACAAGAACGCUUGGAAGCAUGCCGGGAAUUUUGCCGCUCAGUCUGCACCGAACUUGGUCGCACUCCACAAACUGAGUGUCUCAGCAACCUGUGGGUGCUGAUAACAAUGACUCGAUGCAGGCUGGGUGGAACUUCUGGGCACGACAUUGAUGCCGAUGGAAUGGCAUGCCCGCCUGUGGCCCUUGGAGACCCAUCUCAGUUGCUGAAGAAAAUGAACCCAUACAGGCGCCGUGCCUUCAAAAAAGACAUCGAGAUCAUCCAGGAUGUCCUCCCGAGCCUGAAGCACUUCGACCCGGCGCUGUUCAACGAAGUGCUGUCCCUGAGUACAGAAAUCGACAAAAUGAUUUCUGAUUAA